AUGCUCAGCUGCACUAGAUCCAGCAUGCCCGGGAUGAUCUGCAAGAACUCGGACCUGGAGUUUGACUCGCUGAAGCCCUGCUUCUAUCCGGAAGAAGAUGACGUCUACUUUGGCGGUCGCAACUCCACGCCUCCGGGGGAGGACAUCUGGAAGAAGUUUGAACUGUUGCCUACGCCUCGGUUGUCACCCAGCCGCGCUUUAGCGGAGCACAGCCAGGAGCCGGUGAACUGGGCUACCGAGAUGCUGCUGCCUGAGGCCGACCUGUGGGGUAACCCGGCCGAGGAGGAUGUUUUUGGCCUGGGAGGACUCUGUGGCCUCAGCAACAACCCGGUCAUCCUUCAGGACUGCAUGUGGAGUGGUUUCUCCACCCGGGGGAAGCUGGAGAGUGCGGUAAGCAAGAAGCUGCCAAACGGCUCUGGGUCCCUGCCCGCCGGCCGCAGCACCUCGGCCCAUAGAGCGACUGCUGCAGCCAGCUCUGCGGGCCACGCGCGCAGCGGAACAGCAAGUGUGGGGCGUGGGAAAGCAGCCUGGCUCACAGAGCUCGCCCACCUGGACUCAGAGUGCAUGGACCCCGCUGUGGUCUUCUUCCCAGCGAACAAGCGCCAGUGGGUGCCGGUACCGGCCAUCCCCGCCAGUGCUGGCGCUGCCGGCACUGCAGUCAGCCGUGGUAACCACCAGGCCUCCAGCACCCCCAGAGAGAACAUCCUGAGCAACUCAGGUACUGAGAAAGAAGAUGAAGAGGAAAUCGAUGUGGUCACGGUGGAGGAAACCCAAUCCUCCAAGACUGUCUCCAGGCUCCCCACCGCGGCGCGUCCUGGGAACGCAGCUCUGGGCCCCGGGCGCGCGCAGUCCAGCGAGUUGAUCCUCAAGCGCAGCGUCCUCAUUCAUGAGCAGCACAACUACGCUGCGCCACCGUUGCCCUAUGUGCACAGCGAGGACGCGCCGCCGCACAAGAAGCUCAAGAGCCAGGCUUCACUACGGCCCCUCAAGUGUAUCCUCCCACUGAAGCCUACAAGACUGGCUCCCCGCAACUCAGAGUUGCAGGACAUUGAGCGUCGCCUCAACCACAAUAUGAUGGAGCGCCAACGCCGUGACAGUAUGCGCUCCAGCUUCCUGAUCCUCAGGGACCUUGUGCCUGAGCUGGUGCACAAUGAGAAGGCAGCCAAAGUGGUCAUUCUGAAAAAGGCCACCGAGUACAUUCGCACCCUGCAGGCUGAUGAGUGCAAGCUCCUGAUGGAAAGGGAGAGACUGCGCGCAAGACAACAGCAGUUGCUGAGGAAAAUCAAAUACCCUGAGACAUACUAAAUGUUUCUGAAAUGGACAGUUACUGCUACUUUGCACAUGUUGACUUGAAAAAAAGAAUGUUGGUUUACCUUCAUAUUGGUCCCUUGUCAAGUUUUGAGCUGGAUAGGGGCAAGUCAUGGAGUUCUAGUGGGGCCUUGGAAAGUCUAGGAAUAGGAUGCUAGGUGACUUCUUUUUUCCUUCAACCUCAGUGAUGGUCAUGAAGGUUCAGGAUAGUUGGGAACCUUGGAAGGCUGUUGAAGUCAUGUUUACUCCAAGUUUCCAGAAUCACUUCUUUUACAGGAGUCAUUACAUUCCAAUAGAUGCCACAGAAAGGGAAUCCUCUUUGGAUGUCCCUGGGGGAAUAUUUCUGUAAAUUCCAUCGACUCGUCCACCAAGAGGUCAGUAUUACACUGGAAGUUCACACCUUAGUAUCGUAAUAACACCUCAAUGUUUGAGGAGCAUGUUUUGUAUACAGAUAUAUUGUCAAUCUCCGUUACGUACUGUACUAAUUCUUACACUGUCUGUGGUGUAUUUUAGUAUGAUGCUGAUACGUAACUAAAUUUGAUAUUUAUGUUUACAUAUGAAA